GGGAGCGCGCAGGCGCAGUGCGGGCGGCGGCGCAGACAUGGCGCACGGUCCAGGGCGCUGCUGCUGCUGCUGCGGGGAGGCGGCGGCGGCGGCGGGCGGCGCGGAGCGGGGCGCGGCCUGGGGCCUCUACCUGCGCAUCGACCGGCAGCGGCUGCAGUGCCUCAACGAGCGCCGUGAGGGCAGCGGCGCGCUCGUCUUCCGCGCUUGGGAGGACCGCGGCGAUCGCGCCCAGUUCGUGGAAAGCGACGACGACGAGGAGCUUCUCUUCAACGUCCCGUUUACAGGCAAUGUGAAAUUAAAAGGAAUAAUCGUGAUGGGAGAAGACGACGGUACGCAUCCCGCAGAGAUGAGACUGUUCAGGAACAUUCCUCACAUGUCCUUUGAUGACACAGCCAGGGAACCGGAGCAGACAUUCAGCCUGAACCGGGAUCCAACGGGGGAGCUGGAGUACCCAACCAAAAUUGCCCGUUUCUCCAAUGUUUACCACCUCUCCAUCCACUUUCCGAAGAACUUUGGAGCGGAGACAACAAAGAUAUUUUAUAUAGGCCUGAAAGGGGAGUGGACAGAGGCUCAUCGCCACGAAGUCACCAUCUGCAAUUAUGAAGCAUCAGCAAACCCAGCAGAUCACAAGCUGGAACAAAUCACCCCACAGACUCACUUCAUCUCCUAACUGCUGUCGGGAAUCUCCUGAAGGCUCUGAUACAAGGCUACGGACACGAUGGGCUGACUCGGACAGAACUGCCUUCCUGGAGCACUGCAGAGUGUUGGAUCAGUUUUACGUUUCGGUCUUUGCCUCGGAAAGCAAAGCGCCGAGUGUGGGCGAUGCCUGUAUGAAGGCGGCCACUAAGGGCAGUGGCGCAUUGGGUCCCGCAGAAAGCAGUGGAUCCGCUCUCCUCACGGGAGAGUCAGUCUUGGGGCGGUGGUGAGCUCGGGUCCGGUAUUGUUUACUGCUCUGACUGCCAAUAAAACACGCUGAGGUGCCGA